UUCAUUUAUUUACUUCUGAAUUAGUUUUACAACGACAAGAUAAAAUUGCAAACAAAAUGUCCGAAAAAGACAGUAAAAUUGAAAAUGAUGACUCUCAAAACACACAGACGGUCGAGAAACCUUUGGACGAAGCACAAAUCAAAGUUAACAACAUGCUAAAAGAUCGUUUACGGAAGUACAUCAAAAAGUUGGACGACACAAACACCAGCAUCACUAAGGAGGAAAGUAGAAAAAUAGAAAUAGAAACUUUCAAACAGCUUUACAAGCCGAAAAUAGAAGGAGAUGAAGAGUCUUACAAGAAAAUACCUAAGUUUUACUACAAACUCCCUCGCCCCGACGAAGUGUUGGCUCAAAAGCUAAGAGAGGAGACUCGGGCGCAGUUCCUGCAGAAGAAAAGUAAAGAGUUGUUGGACAACAGUGAGCUGAAGCACCUCUGGAGUCUGCUGGAGAAGUCUAAUGGAAGCUACAGCACAUGCAACAAUGAUGAGCUCAUGAUAGACUACUUCCAGUUUAAAAAGAUCAGGGAUGAGGCUGGGCCUAAGUACAGGCCAUACUUCACAGCGGAAGUGUUUGGUCGGCUGCAGGCGGCAGAGGGUGGCGCGGGGCGCGUGCGGGGCGUCUCGCUAUUCAACUAUGUCAUGCGUAGAGUGUGGCUGCAACAGACGCGUAUCGGCCUCUCACUCUACGACGUCACCGGGCAGGGCUACCUCACUGAACAUGAUCUGGAGAGCUACAUCGCCGAGCUAGUCCCAUCUCUAGCAGCACUAGACGGUCUAGACUCCUCGUUCAGCUCGUUCUACGUGUGCACGGCGGCGCGCAAGUUCCUGUUCUUCCUGGACCCGCUACGAGUGGGCCGCGUGAGGAUACGGGACGUGCUGUCCUGCUCAUUUCUGGACGAUUUGCUUGAAUUGCGCGAGGAAGACCUUCCGAUGGAGCUGCAGGAGCAGAACUGGUUCAGCGCGGCCUCCGCCCUGCGCGUGUACGGGCAGUACCUCAACCUCGACCGAGACCACAACGGCAUGCUGUCCAUCUCCGAGCUGGCUGGCUACGGCUCCGGCACCCUCACCCGCGCGUUCCUCCAGCGCGUGUUCCAGCAGUGCCUCACCUACGACGGCGAGAUGGACUACAAGACCUACCUGGAACUAGUGCUGGCCCUGGAGAACAGGAGGCAGCCCGCCGCGCUCGCCUACCUGUUCCGCCUGCUCGACAUCAACUCGCAGGGCUACCUGGACAAGUUCACGCUCAACUACUUCUUCAAGGCCAUCCAGGAGCAGAUGGUGGCGCACGGCGCGGAGCCGGUCAACUUCGAGGACGUGAAGGACGAGAUCUUCGACAUGAUCCGCCCGGAGCACCCCUCGCGCAUCACCCUGCAGGACCUCAUCCGCAGCGGCCACGGUCACACGGCGGUGUCGAUCCUGCUGGAGCUGCACGGGUUCUGGGCCUACGAGAACCGGGAGGCGCUGGCCGCCGCGCCCGACCACUCCUGACAGGGCGCCGCGCACCCCGUCGUCGACGAGAAGAGGUUCUACGUCAUCUAGAGAGGUUCCAAGUCAUCUAGAGAGGUUCUACGCCAUCUAGAGAGGUUCUACGUCAGCUAGAGAGGUUAUACGUCAUCUAGAGAGGUUCCACGUCAUCU